AUGAUUUUGCUAUCAGAACGUUUAGAACAAACACGUUUGCACAAAAACACGGGAAAUGCAGCAACUGAUUUUUUAAACUAUGUAAUUAACUCUGAUGACAGUAAAAUCUCUUUUAACUUUUUUGAAAAGUAUUCUGAUCUAAAUGACACUUACUUGAUGAACCAAUUAUCAAAGUCGUUUGAAAAUUUUUUUGAAGGGAGAAAUAUUAUAUUGCAAUCGGUACCAGGGAUUGUGAUAAAAGUUGUACCCAAACGGAAUAACUUAUUUCAAAUUGAAUAUAAAAAUGAAUCUAAUAUUGAAAACCCCAAUUACGCAAGAGCAGAUUUAUCAGAUUUAAAUAAACUACAUCGGGACGAUUUAUUAGGAAACAAAAAAUAUAAAGGAUAUAGUCAUUAUUUGGAAGUUGGUGUUCCUGUUUUAUUUUUUCCAGCAAUACUAUUUAGUAGUGUCCUGCCAUUUAUCAUACCAGCUUUAAAAAUGACCACAUUAUUUGCAACGAUGAUCAACAACGCAGCACUGUUUGCAGGAGCAAUGUUUUUGGCAAGACAAACAGCAGUUGAGAAUGAAAAAAAACAAACGAUUUAUUUCAAUCCUGGUUAUAAUAGAAAAAAAACAUGGUCUUAG